AUACUGCAAUACAAAACACACUCUCUACUCUCUUUUUUUUCUCUUUCCCUUCCUCUCUCUCUCUCUCUCUACAUUUCUUCAAUCUCUCUCUCUCUCUCUCUCUCUCUCUGUCUCUCUCAUUGCUUUCUCUACGCGAUCUUUAUCAAAACCCCCCGUGAAAUCGAAAUCCUCCCAACUCUCCUCUCCAUCGCUCUCUCCCAUUCUUAAUGUUGUUGGGGUUUCGCUUACUCACUCCCCGGUUCGAUUCGCACUCCAUAUCUCAGAUUCAUUCCUGUCUCAAGCUGUGGAAUUUGAGGUAUUCAGAAGCACUUUGGGGUGGGUCAUUGUUUGAUUUAAGAACAAAGAGAACAUCAUAGGCUCUAAUAAUGGGAUAUUGAUUUGGUUACUCCUGUAAAGUUGUUCAUUAGGCUACCUUCGGUGGAUGAAUAUUGCCAUCAAUUUGUGCCUUUUGGUAUAAAAAUCAUGCCUUCAUGGUGGGGGAAGUCAUCAUCUAAAGACUCAAAGAAGAAAGCAGGCAAGGAGGGUUUCAUUGAUUCAUUACACCGAAAAUUCAGGAUCCCAUCAGAAAGUAAACCUGGCGGUAAAUCAGGAGGGUCUCGGAGACGAACCAUUGACACUGUUUCAGAAACGGGGUGUCAGUCCCUAGCAGCGUCAAGAUCCCCAUCACCUUCUAAACUAGUAGCAAGAUGUCAGAGUUUUAAUCGGCCUCACCCCCAACCUCUUCCCCUUCCAGGACUGCACCGUGUUGGCAUAGGUCGUACAGAUUCUGGAAUCAGUGUACCAUCAAAACCAAGACCAGAGAAAGGCUCCAAGCCCUUAUCGUUCCUGCCUCUGCCCAGAUCUGGAUGCAUAAGAAGCAGGCCAGAUCCUGCAGAUUUAGAUGGAGAUGUGAUCAAUGCUUCUUUUUCUAGUGAGUGCUCCAUUGAUGAUAGUGAAGAUCCAACUGACUCACGCCAGCGUAGUCCCCUGGCAUCUGACUAUGAAAAUGGCAGUAGAACUGCUGCGGGGAGUCCUUCAAGUAUGAUGGCAAAGGAUCAGUCAUUCAUGGAGCUAAAGUCUAGGGAGGCAAUAAAACCAGCUAAUCAGGUCUCUGCUUUGUCGCAUAAAAGGAGACCAUUGAGUAAUCAAGUGGCAAAUCUACAAGUUCCUUGCCGUGGUAAUUUUUGCAGUGCUCCAGAUAGCUCAAUGUCAAGUCCAUCCAGAAGUCCAAUGAGAGCCUUUGGCGCUGAACAAGCCAUGAAUUCUGCUUUCUGGACUGGGAAAACGUAUCCAGAUCUUCCGCUCCUUGGAUCUGGUCAGUGCUCCAGCCCAGGCUCAGGGCAGAAUUCUGGUCACAAUUCAAUGGGAGGCGAUAUGUCAGGACAAUUGUUUUGGCAGCCCAGCAGAGGUAGCCCAGAGUAUUCACCAAUUCCUAGUCCUCGAAUGAAUAGCCCCGGCCCCAGCUCCAGAAUCCAUAGUGGUGCUGUCACACCACUUCAUCCUAGAGCUGGAGGGCCAACGACUGACGAUGGGAAACAACAAAGUCACCGGUUGCCUCUUCCUCCUAUAACAAUUUCAAAUUCUUCUCCUUUCUCUCAUUCAAAUUCAGCGGCGACAUCUCCUUCUGUACCUCGAAGCCCAGGAAGGGCAGAGAAUCCAAUUAGUCCUGGUUCACGCUGGAAAAAGGGAAAAUUGUUGGGAAGGGGCACAUUUGGGCAUGUUUAUCUUGGUUUUAACAGUGAAAGAGGCGAAAUGUGUGCAAUGAAGGAGGUUACCUUAUUCUCGGAUGAUCCAAAGUCGAAGGAAUGUGCAAAGCAACUGGGGCAAGAAAUCGCAUUAUUGAGUCGCUUAAGACAUCCAAAUAUCGUGCAGUAUUAUGGGUGUGAAGCAGUGGAUGAUAAACUUUAUAUAUAUUUGGAGUAUGUGUCCGGCGGUUCAAUCUACAAGCUUCUUCAAGAAUAUGGAGUGUUUGGCGAAUCAGCUAUUCGCAGCUAUACUAAACAAAUCUUGUCAGGGCUUGCAUAUUUACAUGCUAAAAAUACUGUCCACAGGGACAUUAAAGGAGCAAAUAUCCUCGUAGACCCCAAUGGUCGUAUCAAGUUGGCAGACUUUGGAAUGGCAAAGCAUAUCACUGGGCAGUCAUGUCCCUUAUCAUUUAAAGGAAGUCCCUACUGGAUGGCACCUGAGGUUAUAAAGAAUUCAAAUGGUUGCAACCUUGCUGUUGAUAUAUGGAGUCUUGGAUGCACUGUUUUGGAAAUGGCUACCACAAAACCACCUUGGAGCCAGUUUGAAGGGGUUGCCGCCAUGUUUAAGAUUGGAAACAGUAAAGACCUUCCUUCCAUUCCUGAUGACCUACCAGAUGAUGGAAAGGAUUUUGUGAGGUUGUGUUUGCAACGUAAUCCACUGCAUCGUCCUACAGCUGGUCAGCUUUUGGAGCACCCUUUUGUGAAAAAUGCUGCACCUUUGGAGAGACCCAUUAUAGGUCCUGAGCUUUCAGAUCCACCUGCUGGGGUGCCAACUGGAGGGAAAUCUCUGGGCAUUGGACAUACAAGAAACAUUUUGAAUUCGGAACCAGAAAGACUUGCUAUCCAUUCAUCAAGAGUCUCAAAAAGUGGUCUUCAUUCCAGUGAAAUACAUAUUCCAAGGAAUAUCUCAUGCCCAGUAUCUCCGAUUGGAAGCCCUCUUUUAUAUCCACGAUCACCACAACAUCUGAAUGGAAGAAUGUCUCCUUCGCCUAUAUCUAGUCCACGUACCACGUCAGGCUCAUCCACGCCUCUCACAGGCGGUGGCAGUAGUACCAUCCCAUUUCAUCAACUUAACCAAUCAGUUUUCUUGCAAGAGGGUUUUGGAAUCAAGCCAAAGCCUCCACAGAGUCCCUACAUCAGUAGCCCCUCCUAUCAUAGUCCAAAUCAUGAUAUAUUUCGAGGGGUGAACUCAGGAUCUCAAAUUUUCCGGGAAUUGUUAUCUAGUGAAAGUGAUACUUUUGGAAAACAGUUCGGAAGACCUAAUCAUGGGGAACCGUACGAUGGGCAGUCAGUGUUGGCUGAUCGUGUGAGUCAGCAGCUAUUGAGGGAUAACCCGAAGUUGAGUCCAUCACUGGACCUCAGUUCUUGCUCUCCUUUACCAAACCGGACGAACGGAAUUUAACUUCAUUUGUACUUCUGUAGCGUGAAGGGCAAGCUUUUGACACGGCCUUUUGUCUUCAGGGUUUAGAAGAUUAAUUUAUUCAUUAUAUAACUAACUGAGGAAGAAUCUAAUUGUAAAAUAAGUGCUAAGAUGUACAAAUGAAAACUACGUGGGAUGGUGAGACCUUUUGAAGAUGAAGAGGCUGAAGCAAGUAAAUCUCUUAUGGCAUUUGAACGGACUGUGUAGGAUUCCCGGAAACUGAAGACUUGCCGUCUAAAUAUAGAUGUCAUAUGGCUUGUAUAAAGGUGAGAGCAUAGGCCACCUUCUGACACUUGACUAUCUGCGGGUACAAAGGAAUAGUAGAUUUUGCCGGGGGAAGGUAGCUUCGAAGUUCGAACAGUCAACUGUAUAGCAGAUCCUUCAAACUGAAAGGUGUGGUAUCAGAAUACUGUAAGUUAUAUCCUUGUAGAACAAUAAGUAGCUUUAGUAGAACUUUUGGGAGGUGACAUUGCCAUACAGAAUUUGUGUCAUAUUUUGUAAAGAGGCAGUUGCAGAUUGUGCCGAAUCCGGCCAUUUGUUGCAACAGCUUUUGCUUGGCUCAGGUGUAACCACCAAUUUAAACUGUUCUUAUCUGAUUUUUUGGGUGUACAUGACCUUUUGAGCAUAUUAAAGGAACGAAUUCAGAAGACC